UUAUUCAGGACAGUAUUAUACUAAUACCAGCUUACCAGAAACAAAUGUAGCCAUAGGCGUUUGCAUAUGUUUUUAUUAAUUUUAAUAUGUAGGGAAAGAUGAGUAAGCUAUGUGUGUUAGUGGCCAUGGGCUCUACGCGAUAAUUUCAUACAUUACGGUUACGAAUAUUAUUUAUUCAUUCUUUUUUUUUUUUAUCCGGGGUUAAUGACAUGAUACAAACAUGAGUGAUGUAAGACAAGUAAGACCACUUGACUGACAGUGAUGAUGAGGGUCCUCAGACUCCAAAGAAGAAAGUCAAAUAUGAUCAUAAAUUUCAGUUGAAACUGUUAAGUGACCCCAAAUUUUCACCAUGGAUGAUUCAGAGUAAGAAAAACCCAAAUAAGGCAUUCUGCACUGCAUGUGACAGUGAAUUAUCCGGCAGCAUAACAUUACUAGAAAGGCACCGCUUAACUGAGAAGCACAAGAAAAAUGAUUGCAAGUAACCAGCCUAAGAAAGUCACCAAUUUUUUUUUUCAACCGAGUGUAUCAGCAAGUUUUGAAAAACAAGUCGUAGCCUCAGAGUUUAAGAUGUGCGCCUUCAUUGCAGAACAUAACUUACCUGUCUCAGUAAUGGAUAAUUUGCCAGGGUUUAUUGCUAAUGUUGUGUGCCCAGACUGAAAAAUUGCGAGUGCUGUUAAAUAUGGCAGAACAAAUGUGGAAAACACAAGAGGGGACGAGGAUUUACAGCUUUAGUCAAGCUGGAAGAUGCUGCUGUGCAUUGGUCCAGAAGGCACAGGCAAGACACUGCUGCUGCGGAGGCUUGCCAACCUAACGAAACCAGACAUCAACCUGACCACAGUGCCCACAGUUGGCAUGAACAUCACCACUAUCACUCAGGGCCCUGAACUGCCUCCCAUUAGCAUCAGAGAGCUGGGGGGGAGCAUGGCACCCAUCUGGCACAGCUAUUUUGGAGGUGUGCCCAAAGUCAUGUAUGUCAUUGAUGCUGUGAACAUGACACAGCUGGGAGAGGCAACACUGCUGCUGAUGGACCUCCUGUCACACCCAAGGCUGAGGGCAUCACAGGUGGCCAUUGUGCUCAACAAGAUUGAUGGAGCCAUGAGCCGGGGUACUAAUGAACUGCUGGCUGUCAUGCGCUAUGACACACUGCAGGAAAAGGUGCCGCAGAAGCUUGUCACCUUUGAAGUCAGUGCUCUUGCUGGCAAGGGUCUGCGGCCACUCCUUAAGUGGAUCACGGGGGAGAAGUGAGGAGUGAAAAGUAGAGAUGAUGAGACGAGUGUCUGUCCUUGUGGCUUCAUUGUGGUGGGUGUGUGGUGUGUGAUGAGUCUUGCAUUGUUCCUGUUCAUUUGUGUGUGUCUGUGCCAUUAAGAGACUUAAAUGUGAUUUUAGUCUACUCUUAGGGAAUGCCUGUGUGUGUGUGUGUGUGUCAUAACAUAGUAAACACUGUUAUCUGCCUGAAACAUUAUCUUUUCUGUAUCUCAAACACUUAAUUUCUGCUGCUAACAAAAUAAACUACCAGACAA